GAGGAAUUAUCAAAUAAAUGGGCUGAAAUCGCCGGCGAAGUAAGCGUAGUACUCACCAGUGAACUCCAGUUGCCAGAGGACGAUCAACCUUUGCCAUUCGAUGCGACAGCUGAAAAAAGCAUUGACGAUCAAAAGGAAGACUGUAUGACGCGUUUGCAUCGCUUUUUGCGUGAUCAACAAUUCGAAAAGGCGAUUACUCUACUUCGCGCCGCUAGGUAAG